GCGCAAGUCGGAACAUCGUUCACUCCAGCAGCCGUACUGCGGCGCGUCGCACAGGUGUAAGAGGAGCGAUCACUUCUGCUUCACGUAUCAUAGUUAGAGCUAUAACAGCUAGUUAAUAAACUCCUUUAGUAAUUACAACAGUGAUCACAAUGAGCCAAGUCGUCCAUGUCGGAUCUGUUGAAGAGUGGAAGGCAGCGAUUGCCGAGUCGCGCGGAGGAAAGGCGCUCAUUGUGGACUUCACGGCAACGUGGUGCGGGCCUUGCAAGCUGAUGGCCCCUAUCUUCGAAAAGCUCAGCAUCGACUUUCCCGAAGUGAAGUUCCUGAAGGUGGAUGUGGAUGAGCUUCAGGCCGUAGCAGCCGAGUGCGGCGUGCGCGCCAUGCCCACCUUCGUCGGAUUCUACAACGGAGAGCAGGUGGACUCCGUGGUGGGUGCUGACCAGGGCAAGCUGCGGAAGCUUGUGAUCACGCUUGCUACCAAGGGCAAGUAAGGACGCGAUCAUGUUGCGCCUUGGUCCUCGAGAGCAUUGUACCUGCAGCAGUUGUUGCUGAGUUGUGUGGUGGGGUUGUGGGCGUAAGAGCCGGUAGUGUAGUAGUCCUCCUCACCUACGAGUUAGGGAAGGUGGAGUGUAGCAGUGUGGGGUCGUUGGGGAUGCGAUGGUUGUGGAGAUACUUUACAAUUGAAUGAAGGAGGAGUGCAUGGCAUUGCAUCUGCUGAGGCAACUGCCUCAACAUGCAAGAGGGAGGGAUUCGCGUGGGAGGUUGUAAACACUGUCG